GCUGGAGGCCACGUCUCGAGGGGAGCCCUCUGGAACCGCGCUGCCCGGGCCGGGCUCGUGCCGGCCACAGGGCGGCCCCGCGCUCCGACUGCCAGAGCCUGGCCGCAGUGCUGGGGGCGGCCGCGCGGGGGCAGCAACAGCGCUGCCGCCCGAGGGCCCCGUCCCGGCGUGCUCUGCGCCGCUGCCGCGGAGGCGGGACUUCCGGCCCCCGGCUCCCGAGGCGCCGUCCGCCGGGAGCGCGGAGCGCGGCGGCCCUGCGCCGGCAGGCUGAAAUCAUGGAUAUAGACGCUGAAAGAGAAAAAAUAACAAAGGAGAUCAAGGAGUUAGAAAGAAUUUUGGAUCCCAGCUCCUCAAGUAUCCACGUGGAGGUCUCAGAAUCAAGCCUCGAUUCAGAUUCUGGCGCAGAUUUGCUGUGUGAUGACGAAUCAGACGAUGCUGGUCCCCCAGUCUCGGAAGAGGACAGGUGGAGUGAGGCCAGCAAUGACGACAAUUCCAAGGAGAAGGCCCUCCCCGAAGACCCAGAGACCUGCCUGCAGCUGAACAUGGUCUACCAGGAGGUCAUCCAAGAGAAGCUGGCUGAGGUCAUCCUGCUCCUGGCCCAGAACCGGGAGCAGCAGGAGGAAAUCAUGUGGGGCCUGGCAGGGUCCAAAGGCCCCAAGUUGAAGGACGGCAAGAGCCUGCUCCCGAAUCUGUACAUAGGGCACUUCAUGAAGCCCUACUUCAAGGACAGGGUCACUGGAGUGGGGCCUCCUGCCAAUGAAGACACUCGGGAGAAGGCCGCCCAGGGCAUCAAGGCCUUCGAGGAGCUCCUGGUGACCAAGUGGAAGAGCUGGGAGAAGGCCCUGCUCAGAAAGGCAGUGGUGAGCGACCGCCUGCAGCGUUUGCUUCAGCCCAAGUUACUGAAGCUCGAGUACUUGGGGCAGAAACAGAGCAGGGUCACAAGCGAGGCGGAGAGGCAGGCCCUGGAGAAGCAGACACAGGAGGCGGAGAAGGAGGUCCAGGAUAUCAACCAGCUCUCGGAGGAGGCCCUCCUGGGGAACAGGCUGGACAGUCACGACUGGGAGAAGAUUUCCAAUGUGAACUUUGAAGGGGGGCGCAGUGCAGAGGAGAUCCGGAAGUUUUGGCAGAACUGUGAGCACCCGAGCAUCAACAAGCGGGAGUGGGGCGCCCAGGAGGUGGACCAGCUCAAGGCCAUCGCAGCUGGGCACGGCCACCUGGGGUGGCAGGAGAUCGCUGAGGAGCUGGGGACUGGCCGCAGCGCCUUCCAGUGCCUGCAGAAGUUCCAGCAGCACAACAAGGCCCUGAAGCGUACAGUGUGGACAGAGGAGGAGGACCGCAUGCUCGCCCAGCUUGUCCAGGAGAUGCGUGUAGGCAGCCACAUCCCCUACCGGAGAAUUGUCUACUACAUGGAAGGAAGAGAUUCCAUGCAACUUAUCUAUCGGUGGACCAAGAGCUUGGAUCCCAGCCUGAAAAAGGGGUUUUGGGCCCCAGAAGAAGAUGCGAAGUUGCUCCAAGCGGUCGCCAAAUAUGGGGAGCAGGAUUGGUUUAAAAUCCGGGAAGAGGUGCCAGGUAGGAGCGAUGCCCAGUGCCGAGACCGAUACCUCAGAAGGUUACAUUUCAGCUUAAAAAAGGGACGAUGGAACUCAAAAGAAGAGGAAAAGUUAAUUGAAUUAAUAGAGAAAUAUGGUGUUGGUCACUGGGCAAAAAUAGCUUCUGAACUACCCCAUCGGACAGGCUCCCAGUGUCUAAGCAAAUGGAAGGUCAUGGCCAGGAAGCGGCGGCGCCGGUGGCGGGGGCGGCGGCGCCCGCGCAACCUGCGAUGGAGCUCCAGCAGCGAGGACAGCAGCAGCCCCGAGAGCAGUACGGACUCGGAGCCGGAGCCUGAGGAAGCCCCGCAGGCCAUGGAGGGCAGCCCCAUGCUCCCGUCAGCAGGGUGCCCUGUGCCGGACAUGGACCUGUGGGUUCCUGCCAGGCAGGGCACCUGUGAGCCGCGGGGACGAGGGGCAGGGGCCUGGCCGGAGCACCCCACUGCCUCCUCUGGUUCUCCCGAGGACACCAACGUGGCCCACAGUGGCAAUGGGGAAGCUUGCCCCGUGGCCUCAGCUGCUGCCGAGGAGGCGGGCUGGGCGCAGGGCCCCUCCAAAGCCCAGAGCACUGGCCUGAUGGGCAGCGGCCACCUGCGUGUGGAAGACACUCGCCUCCCCAGCUCAGAGGGGCCAGCAGACGAGGGUGGGAAGUGUCUGCUGAAGGUGCCCCUGGAGACCGUGCCGCAGGUGCUCAGGACCAGCCCAGCUGCCUGUAGCUGGAUGCUGAAAGAGAAGCCGAGGCAACGGUGCCUGCUCAGCCCGCCCCUGGGUGCCGGCUCCAGUGGCCACGGUGUGGCCAGGCCCCAUGUGCAGCAGCCAUGGCACAGGACCAUCAGGCGUGGGCAGCAGCGCCAGGGACACACCUUGCAGAGGAGGCUCCUCCAGCGCCGGCUUCUGAUGGCCGUGAGCCCGUGGGUGGGUGAUGACGUGCUGCCCUGCACUUCCCUGAGGCCAGCUGUGGUGCACACCCGAGCCGAUGGCCUCCGGCAGCAGCUGCAGGACGCCCACCUAGCCAGCACCCCAGUGUUUGCCCUCUUUAUUCAGCUGUUCCAGAUCGACACUGCAGGCUGCAUGGAGGUUGUCAGAGAGAGGAAGGCACAGUCCCCCACCAGGCUCCAGGCUGGUACUGGGGACCCGCCUCCGCGGCCCCUGCAGGCACCCUCAAGUGCCCGCAGCUCCCCAGCCUGCCUCUCCCAAGACGGGCCGAGCCGAGGAGCUGCAGAGGGGAGCACCCUCCUCCAGGGGCGCAGGGCGGUGCCCGACCGCCGUGCUGCUUCUGCCCCGCAGGCAACCCUGCCAGCCUCUUGCGGCCCCCGGCCCAAGCCCAAGACUGUGUCCGAGCUGCUCCGGGAAAAACGGCUGCGGGAGGCACGGGCCCGGAAGGCCACCCAAGGCCCUGUGGUUCUCCCGCCCCAGCUGCUGGUCUCCCAGCCUGUGAUCCUCCAGCCCGCCCCAACAGUGGCCUCACAGGACCCCCCAGCCACAGGUCCGGCGGCCUCAAGUUCCCUCCUUGGGUCUGUGGCCCCUGCAGCUGCCCUUGCAAGUGCCUCAGGCUCCUGGGCCUCAGCUGAGGACAAGCCAGCCUUGGACCUUGCUCUGGCCUGCCCAGAGGCUGCCCCCACUGCUUCCAGGGCCCGAGCCCCGAGCCCCAGCCAGGUCCCUGUGAGCUGCCCUCUGAGCAGUCCCGGACAGUCUCAGGCCCCUGCCACAUCAUGGAAGCGGGGCCUACCCGAGGCGCCACCCCUGCUCCUUGCUGCUCCCAGCCCCGCCCAGCUGCCCAUCCAGCCCCGCAGCCUGACGCCCACGCUGGGCACGCACUGCGGUGGGCCUCCCGUGGUGGCCAGUGCCCCUCUGCCAGUCACCUGGGUGCUUACAGCCCCGGGGCUGCUUCCUGCGCCUCUGCCGGCUGUCAUGGGCCUUUCUAAGCCAGCAGGGAUCCCUGGUCCCAAAGGGGUGUUUGUGACUCUGCCAACCUUCCUGACUGAGAUGCAGGCAGCCCAGAGCCCUGGGCAGCCCCCAGCCAACUUGGACACAGAAUCAGGCCCUCCCUCCAUGCCAAACCUGACCUUUCCAACACCUCCCCCACAUCAGAGCGCUGCUGAAGUGGGUGGUGACAUGGCCUGUGUCCCCAGGGAACUCCCCUCUCCUGAAGAGGCCCAGGUUCCCAGGCCAUCUUCCCCUGCCACGCUCCUGGCUGACCAUUCUGAAGCUGAGCCCCCUUGGUCCAGCCAACUGCCUCUGCAAGGUGGCUCUGUUCUGGGGAGCGUCCCAGGGGGAACGUCAGGGUGCCCCUCACAGGCAGGGGAGUCCAGGGAGUCUCUGGGCCCGGAGAGGCCGCCCCCACCCCAGCCUGGGCCUGGAAAGGGUGCCCUGGACCUGGCCCUCCUCUCCCUGGAGAGCGAGGCAGCCGUGCGGGAAUGGCUGAGGGGGCAGCAAGGAGUGUGCAUGCCCCGGCUGGGGAGCAGGCUGCCCUACCAGCCUCCUACCCUGUGCAGCCUGCGGGCGCUGUCUGGCCUCCUGCUCCACAAGAAAGCCUUGGAACACAGAGCUGCCUCCCUAAUUCCUGACGGGGCGACCGGAGCCCUGCAGGCCUCGCUGGCACCGGUGUGGAGAGCGCUCCAGGACAGCCCGGCCUACCUGCUGCUGAAGGCGCGGUUCCUGGCAGCCUUCACACUGCCCGCACUCCUGGCCACCCUGCCCCCGCACGGCGUCCCCACCACCCUGUCAGCGGCCAGGCAGGCUGGCCCUGGGAGCGACGACAGUGACCAGGAGGAGCCGGAGCGGGCUGACAGUGACAGGCAGCCGGGCCGCCAGGCCACCACCCCCGUUCAGGGAGCCCUGGACCCUGGCGAGGGCUCUGGCCCCUGCCUGGACACUCCUGAUGACGUCGAUGUUCUCAGAACCCGGCACUCAUGGCACACGCGGAAGCGGAGGCGGCUGCUGUGAGCAGCAGGGUGAGUGGGCCAGGCGGGUGCCCCUGGGUCCCGGAACGGACAGGCCUUCCUCUCGCCUCUGCGUUGGGCACGUGGGGGCCGGGCCUCCGUUGCCUGGGAGCGAGCUGCUUUCCAAAUGCAGUCCGGCGCCCCAGAGGCUGGCCACUGUUGGCCCUGCCCACGGGGUUCAUGUGGGGUGUAGUGGAGAAGGGGCAGGCGCACACGUACCCCUGGGGGCAGGCCCAAGGUCGCAGAGGCCCCCUUGGGGGAAGAGCUGACUAAUCCGCCCUCCCCAGGUCUCCUGGCCCCUCUGGUACUUCCCACUGCCCCUCUGUCCAGCACACUCAUCUGCCUGCACUUGGGUGCCUCCAUUCAUGCCUCUGCUCCGGGGGCAGCCGCUCAGCCGCCCUCCCACAGCAGCCUCCUGAGGCAGCAGCACUGUCCUGGUGUCCGUCCGUCCUGACGGCACCUGCCCUGACAUCUGGCACGUGACUUGUCUGCUGGCCUCCUUGUGACAUGAGCGUGGGAGGGCAGGCGUGUGGCUUUGCUGCAGGGCCCAGUGCCCAGGCUGCAGGCACCCUGUAGGCCCUCAGCACCAGUUGGUCCAUAGGACUCCCAAGGUGGAAGGGUGUCCUGGUUAGCAAGUCCCAGAGGCACGAGCCUUCUCUGGGUUGUGCAGGCAGUGCCGGGAGAGGUCCAGGUCCUGGAGUGGGUACCACGGGGGCUGUGUGAGUGGUCCCAUUUGCAACCCACCCCCAGAGGCCAGGGCCUGCACUCCAUGUGGGCCCUCCCUGAGAAGGCCUGGCACCACGCUGGGGGACUGGCCGGGUCGGGGUGCCCCCAAGAGGUGUGCUUGUGUUCCAGGACCACCCAGAUGUGGGCUCCACCACUGCUGCUUGUGCUGGCAGGAGGCGGGACUCGGCCCACCUGCCCAGGAGCCCACCACCGAGAGCCCCCCAGAGAAGCAGCGGGCGGCUGGGGGAAGACUUGUCAGCAGUGGCCGCACCGUCAUAGGGCCUUGUCUUGUCCCCAGGUCUUUUCGGGACAUUGAAGGAAUAAAUAAAGUAAAUGUGUUUUUAAUGAAAAA